UCCUUUCAAAAGGAGAAGCAGAGACCAGGGGAGGAGAAAUGUCUCUUAGAAAGCAGGUGAAGCAUCUCCGUACCGAGCGAAGGUGACGGUGGAAUAUUUCAAGCCUCUCUCAGUUGGAGGCGGAAACUGCCUGCAGUUCACAUUGCGAGGCUUGUCGAAGUCGGUUCUACGGAUCUCGAGCCCUGUUGGUUAUUCCGAAAUAGAAAUGUGACUUUGCUUUUUAACCAGGCGUUGUGUUUUGGGGGAUUCCGAACUGAAAAGAUUGUCUUGCAUGCUGAUCCGCUGUGGAUUUAUGGAGGGGCUCGGGCGAACCUUUGAGCACUGCCACGCACAACAUCCCGCCCGCUGAACCCAGGACGCCGACGCCCCGCCCUCACCUGGCACUAAGCCUCCGGGCUUAACCAUUCAGAUCUCCCGUGCAUGGCUCUUGAAGCCGAGGGAGGACUUUUCCUGGCUGCCGCCCCAGCCUGACCUGCACCGGGCUUCCAUCACUGCCCCCAAAUAUUUCACAUAUCCAGAUGGGGUAACGUGACGGCACCGGAGGGGACGCCAGCUGGUACAACCGAAUGCAGAGGCCUUUCCAGAGAGGGGAGAGCAAAGAAGGGAAGCCGGACGCCGCCAAGGGACGACUGCUCUAAAAUUGCACACGCAAAGGAAAUUGACACUACAAAAGGAUUUUUUUUUUUAAGUAUUAUUCGGAAUUCAAGCACAGGGUUCCUUUUCUUUCUUGUUGGAUAAUUUAGAGAAUCCGACAAACCCUCCCCCCAAAACAUCUGGGAAUAUUUGCACAACCUUGAUUUUAGUGAGGGAGAAGCAUUUUGCCAAACGCUUGGGAAUUUUGUUUUCCUUCUUUUUGUCCUGCAAAUUGUUUUUGUUUUGGGGUUUUUUGGUGUUUUUUUUCAUUUUGGGGUGUUCUUGGCCCAGCCCCCAAUCUCACGUUUAUUUUUCACCAUGGCCCGAAUGAAUCGGCCCGCACCUGUGGAGGUCUGCUACAAGAACAUGAGGUUCCUGAUCACUCACAACCCAACCAAUGCGACGCUCAACACCUUCAUCGAGGAUCUGAAAAAAUACGGCGCAACGACGGUAGUGAGAGUUUGUGAAGUCACCUAUGACAAGACUCCGCUGGAAAAAGACGGCAUUACGGUAAUGGACUGGCCGUUUGACGACGGAGCCCCCCCGCCCACCAAAAUCGUUGACGACUGGCUGAACCUGCUGAAGACCAAGUUCUGCGAAGACCCCGGCAGUUGCGUGGCUGUCCAUUGUGUGGCCGGCCUGGGACGGGCUCCCGUUCUGGUGGCGCUGGCCCUGAUCGAGAGCGGGAUGAAAUACGAAGACGCUAUUCAGUUCAUUAGACAGAAGCGCCGAGGGGCGAUCAACAGCAAGCAGCUGACGUACCUGGAGAAGUACCGGCCAAAGCAGCGGCUCCGUUUCAAGGACCAUCAGAAUCACAAGAACAAGUGCUGCGUCAUGUAACCUCAGUAAAAAAAAACCCUGCCUCUUGCCAAAACAAAGAACACACACGAUGCACACCAGACACACGUACAGGGAGGGUUCGGUAUCGACCUUGCCCUUGGGGAAUCUCUCAAAAAGUUAUUGCUGUAUCCAUGACUCUUUUUGAAGCCUGGGAAGAAAGACAGCAGAAGCCCCCUGGCCCUUGGCGCUCGGAGGCGAGGGCUCCUCUUUCUUUCUUCCCCAGAUGCUGCCUAUAAGCUGAUUUCUCGGCAAUGACAGGGUAACCCCCCCCCUUUCCCCCCCAGUGCAAUAACUCCUCUUUUCUGUUGCUUUCCUAAGGCCCGAGCAGGUGCAUUAUCAAGCUGGGAGGGAUCUGUCUGGUCUGCCUGUGCAUCCCCCCCCCCCCCCCCCGGGG